AUGCAAAUAAAUAUUGCAUUAACAGAUAAAGAAUCCUGCUCAAUAUUAACCGACGAGGAAAGCAAGGAAUGGGCUAGUGCUUUGCCUUAUAGUGAAAUUCCAGGUCCAAAGCCAAAACCCAUUGUGGGAAACUUGCAUAGGUUUUUGCCAGGAGGUGAAUUUUAUAACCUCCAGUUGGCAGAUUUGUACGUUAAACUAAGGGAAACAUAUGGAGAAAUAGUCCGGCUAACAGGAAUAGCAAACCGAAACGAUCUGGUGUUACUUUUUAAUCCAGAACAUAUAAAAACGGUAUACAGAAAUGAAGGCAUAUACCCAGUUAGAAGAGGUUUGGAAAGCUUUGUGCACUACCGAAAGGAAUACAGACCAGAAUUGUUUAAAUCUGGUGGUCUUUUAACGGUGCAAGGCUACGAUUGGCAUCUGGUCCGAACCAAAGUUAACCCUGCCAUGAUGCAACCAAAAACAGUUAGAAAAUAUGUCGAACCUGUUGACCAGAUUUCACAAGAAUUCAUAAAUCGGAUGAUGAAACUACGUGAUGCCAAUAACGAAAUGCCCUCUGAUUUCUGGAUGGAAGUCAAUAAAUGGGCAUUAGAAUCUAUUGGAAGAAUUGCUUUGGAUACAAGAUUAGGAAGUAUAAGUGAUAAUCCGACUUCAGAGUCUCUAAAACUAAUUAAGCAUGUUCAUAUGAUGUUUGAGCUGAUUUACCAGUUGGAUAUUUUGCCAUCUGUAUGGCAGAUUGUGCGGACGCCUAACUAUUAUAAGUUGAUGGACUGUUUUGAUGUACUCAGAGACAUUACAAGUAGACAUGUAUCGAAUGCAGUUAAGCGUUUGGACGAAUCGCCACCAAAACAUUCUGAAGACGAGUUGAGCGUGGUGGAAAGACUGAUUACCAUCGACCGCACCAUUGGACAAGUUAUGGCAAUGGACAUGUUGAUGGCAGGAAUUGACACUACAUCUUCCGCAGUUUGUACCCUACUAUACUAUUUAGCCAAAAACCAAGAUAAACAAAAUAUCCUAAGAGCUGAACUUAGAGAAGCUAUUCCUGAGCCUAAAGGACAAAUAACUAAUGAUAUUUUAAGGCAUUUGCCUUAUCUGAGAGCCUGCAUUAAAGAGUCUUUGCGAAUGGUACCUGUUGCUCCUGGUAAUUUAAGAGUAAAUCCCAAGGACAUGGUGGCUGGAUAUAGAAUCCCAAGUGAUACUGAAAUCCUCCUGGGUCAUAUGACCCUAGCCCGUUGCGAGUCCCAAUUUCCCAAAGCCGACGAGUAUUUGCCAGAGAGAUGGCUAAAACAACGAGGAAGUUUGGCUGAUCGUCAAAUUGACAAUGCAGAUAUUUCUUCCACAAAUGCACAUCCAUUUGCCUAUAUGCCAUUUGGAUUUGGACCAAGGACUUGCAUUGGCAGAAGAUUUGCCGAAUUGGAAAUUGAAGUCUUCACUUCCAAAUUGAUCAGAGAUUAUAAAGUGGAGUGGAACCAUGGGGAGAUGAAAUUUGACAGUAAAAUGAUUAAUUUUCCGGUUAAUCCGUUGAGGUAUAAAAUAACAGAAUUAAAUAUGCAUCGCUUACAAAUAAUAAAUGCCAAAAUAUGUGGAUUAUCAGUCACCAACUCUGUAUUUCCACAAGCGGGUCGCAAUUUUUUUUCAACGAAUUCAAAAUUAUUGGCUGUUGCAGUGGAAGUUAAUCAGAAAGCUGCAGACGUAUCCUGGGAAGAGGCAAAACCAUUUUCGAAAAUUCCUCGAGUCGAAGGACUUAAAUUAAUGGUAAAUCUUUUGCCAGGAGGAAAAUUUUACAAAAAGAAUAUAUUGGAAAUGAAUUAUGUUUUUAUAAAAGAAUAUGGAAAUAUCAUAUUAGCGAAAGGAACUUUUGGAAAACCUGAUACUUUACUUAUUUACAGCCCACAAGAUUUUGAGAAGGUGUAUCGCAAUGAAGGUAUCUGGCCUUACAGACGAGAUUUCGAAAUUUUCAAUCAUUUUCGCAAAAAUAUACGAGCUGACGUUUAUGGAGAGAACGCUGGUCUUCUUGUAGAACAUGGAGAAAAAUGGAAAGAGCUCCGAGGCAAAGUGAAUCCUGUAAUGAUGCAACCAAGAGUCGCAAAACAGUACAUAACACCAGUUGAAGAAGUCUCGGAUGAAUUCAUACAAAAGCUUUUAAAACUUCGUGAUUCUAAUAACGAACUGCCAGACAAUGUGUGCAAUGAAUUUAACAAAUGGGCUUUGGAAUCAAUUGCAAGAAUAGCCCUUGAUACCAGACUUGGUUGCUUAAGGGAUGAUGUUACUGCUGAUUCAGAUCCACAAAAAAUGAUUAAUGCGGUAGAUGCAUUUUUUGAAUUGACUUAUAAAUUGGAAAUUAUGCCAUCGAUUUGGAAAUACGUUAAAACUCCCAAAUAUUAUAAGCUAGUAGAUGCUUUGGAAACCAUGACAAAUAUUUCAUUGAAAAGAGUGGAUGAAGCUAUGGAACGACUAAAAAAAUCUGAAAAUCAAAAAUCUGAUCGAGAAGCCAGUGUCUUAGAAAAACUUCUUAAAAUAGAUCGGAAGGUUGCCGUGGUUAUGGCUAUGGAUAUGUUGUUAGCAGGAGUAGACACAACCUCGCAUACAACAGCCAUCCUGUUGUACUUUAUUGCAACAAAUCCGCGAGUACAAGACAAAUUAAGGCAAGAAAUUUUAACAAUACUUCCAGAGAAAAAUUCUAAGUUAUCUUCGGAUUCAUUUAACCAUGUUCCAUAUUUAAGAGCAUGUAUGAAGGAAGCUAAUAGGCUUCUGCCAAUUGCUGCUGGAACUAUUAGAAAAAUGCCUGUAGAUAUAGUUUUGUCGGGAUAUCAAGUACCAAAAGGGACUGAAGUCGCAAUGAAUCAUUUCAUACCAUCUCAAGAUGAAAAGCAGUAUUCUAAACCCAAAGAAUAUUUUCCAGAACGAUGGUUAAGUAAUCAACCAACAGAAGAAUGUCCUUUUUCGAAAAAUACGGCACAUCCAUUUGUUCAUAUGCCUUUUGGGUUUGGACCAAGAAGUUGUGUAGGGAAAAGAUUUGCUGAUUUGGAAAUUGAAACUUUCAUAUCAAAAUUGUUGAGAAAUUAUAAAAUUGAAUGGAAUUACGGUGAACUAAAAGUUACAAGCAAGUUGCUGACGACGCCGACAUCACCGUUAAAGUUUAAGAUAACAGAAUUGUGAAAAAUUAUUAAUUACAAAAACAUAAUUAUUUUUUAUUAUUAAUUAUUUUCAUUUAGUAAAAAGCCGUUCGAAGUGAAAAUUUGCAAUAUUUAACUCUUGAAAAUUAAUUUUUUAAUCAUUUGUU